AUGGACGCUGCCUGCUCCGCCGCUGUUGUGGCGCCGGUGUCCCCGGAUCUCGGAUGCUCGGCUCCUGGUUCGCCCAACACGGGGCUAAAACCUGUUCGUUUCAUUCCUCGGUUUCGAGAUGCUCACAUGGAGGGAAAUUAUGUGAACGCGUUGGUGAGCGCGUCACUACGGAUGGUGAAGAAGGGGUUGCCGGUCGAGGUCCAGUGCCUUGGCGUGAGGAUGCUCCAGCAUUUGAUAUAUUUCAGGAAGAAAGAGCUCAGCAGCACACAAUUUGCUGAUUUAAGAAAAGCUCUUGUUGGUUCCCUUGAUGAUUUGAUUUUAAAGGAUGCUACAACUGUCACAGGUGAUCCAAUGGGUAGCACAGCUAAUCCUAAGGAAAAUAACAAGCAUAAACGGUGCUUACUUGUUGUGCUGGCUGUAAAUAUCAACUUGAGCAGUCUAGCUGCAAUGGAAACAGACACUGUAAUUGGAGAUGUUACAGGUGAAGGUAAUCUCAGCCCGUUGUCAAACAUCACUAGCAAUUCAGAUCGAAGUAGGUAUAGAAGCUGUGGCUUUUGGAAUGAAACAUCAUGUAGCAGUGUAUUUGAGGACUAUGAUUAUGUUCCAUUUAUGGAUCAUCCAGACAGCAUUGGUGAUAUUAUUAGUGCCUGCAAAGAAUAUGUGGAGGUUGCUAAACCUGCAAUGCUGGUUAAUGUCGAAAUGAUGUCUAGCCAUCGAGAGAAGGGGUCUCUACUCCUUAUGGAACAUAAUGUUAUAAGUCAAGCAUUCCUUACUUUAAUAUCCUAUUCAGGAAUACAUCAAAAUAUGGAAUUAAUUCCUUGCUUGCUUAGCCUUCUGAACAAAAUUUGGACCUUACUGGAUUGGAGAUGUAACUAUUUGCGUCAUGGGUCAGGGCUGAAUCGCCUGUUUUCCGACGGCCAAUUUUUGAAGAUGAUACACUAUGUGGUCAGAUUCUGUGAGACUCAGCUCAGAAGGGUCUGCACUGAUGGGUUUACUGCUUCAAGAUCAUGUGAACCUUACAUAGUAACCAUUGCACAGCUGAGCCUUCCCCUGAUCUCAGAGCUGCUUCAAUGCAUACAUGGGCUGUGGUAUCCACCUCUUGCUUAUAGUUUGUCUGAAGUUCUUAAAAAGGCGAAGUGUCUGGACCCUUGCUCUCAGUUUGAACAUACAGAUAAAUUACUUUGGAUUGACAACGGGGAAGGUUCCCAAGAAAAGGAUACAAGACAAUUGAUAGAGGGAAUAAGAGAGAGUGGGUACAAUGUGAUCGGACUAUGUGCAUCUAUUGAGGGUGCAUUUUCUUGGUUAUUAAAUCGUUCUGUUUUUGCUACUUUCUCAAAAUAUUUGGCAUCACUGGAAUUUAGACAUUUAGGUAAACUUAUCAAACUUACAGUUAUUCCUUUGGUCAAGAAUUGUCCCCGUAAGUUUUGGAAGGAAUGGGUGGGCAGCUUUUUACAACAGUUACUAAUACACUGUGAGGAUAUACUUCAUCUUGCAUGGUCUAAGCUUCUUUAUCAUGGAUGUGCUGGAGCACGUUACUAUUUUGGUAAACUGUCUGGGGAGGCAGGAAGGAACAAGACACUGGAAAUGGGCACACUGCUUGAGAUCACUCGUGAAGUUUCAGGUUUGCUUGAAGUUAUUGCAUUGACAGAACAAAGUAGAGCGCUGGAGGAUAAAGAGGCCAUAUCUUUUCAUGAUUCCAUGCCAUCGAUUUCUUUCUUAAGGUACCUUGUAAUUAAUGAUUGCUUUGGUGAUUUGAGAAUGAGCCUAUUUGGGUACUUUGUGGAUGAUAUAUCAACAGCGAAAGCCAUUCCAUUUUGCCGCGCUCUUGUUUACCUUGCAGUUGUCAGCAAUGAUGCAAGGCUAAAGAUAUUUAUUCUGGACAAUCUACUCCCCUGUCUAAUCCAAUGUCUAGAUAAUGAGCUGCCAUGUUCAAUUCAAAGACUAAAAUCUGAACUGACUUCAUGCGGUAGUAAUAAUGCUACCAAAGACCUUACUGUCCUUUGUCAUGAAAUCUAUGACUACAUGUUAAAUUGUGGUCAUAUGCAGACUGAGGCUUUGAUUGGGGGAGACAAAAACGUCGAUGAUUUUGAAAAUAGUUUUGAAGUGUGGUUGGGGCGUCAAAAGGAGGACUUCCGAGCAAAGGCAUGUUCUGCUGCUGCUAAGGAGGUUUCCUUAGGAUACCCGUGGAAAUGGGAGCUCGAAAAUGAAUGUCAGAGAUAUCUCUCUGUAUAUAUUGACAUGUUGUUAGAGGUGGAUGCGAAUUCUGAGUUUGCAGCGGAUAUUUAUCUGGACAAAGCAUGUCUCCUUCAGAAGUUGAGGCCAGAAUUCAGAGCUAAAUAUGUCAUCAACAGUUGUGAGCACCCUCAUAUGCAAACCAUCUCAUCUAUACAACAACAAAAAUUCUAUUCAAUGGCUACUGUGGUACGCAACAGAACAAUCUGCAAUCUUGUUCGUCAGCUAAUCAAACUUAAACCUUACAUUAAGAGCUCUGAUCGUCCCUAUGAUGUUAUUUGUCGUGUCAAACAAACUUCUGAGAUACCAGCUGAAUUUUAUAAAUAUGUGGCACCAUCAGUUGAUCUUCUCCUUCGUUCUGUAUUAUUUUUCUGGGAACCUAGAUUUCAUCCCAUGAUUCGCGAGGCCCAGAUGGACAAACUUUCAGCUAUAGUUGAUGUAUUAAUGGCAACUGAAUGUCUAAAGCCGUUAGUGCCGACUGUUACAGAUUUUCCGCUUCAUCUACAACCUUAUGCUCGAGAAAUUAUUGAGACUAAACUUAAAGAGGCCAAAUACUAUAUCGCAAAACAACAAACGAGCUUGCAUGAAGAGUUUGACGAGUAUUUGGCCUCUGGCAAAUUAGAUGAUGCUAUGGAUCGUUUCAUGUCUUCAAAGGAUGAUUUUGUGGAGUUUGCUGUAACUAAGGUGGUUCCGGAUAAGUUUAGGACAUUGGAAUGUUCUCUAAUAAAAUUAUCUUUUGAGCGGAGAACUGAGAUAGUGCACAUGCAGUAUGAUAACUACACCUAUGCUGAACAUUUGCUAGGUCUUUUUGCGAGUGAGACAUUGAAGGUUCAAGCCCAAUGUUUUAUAAGUCAGCUUGAAGCAGAAAACUUUUUUGAUGUUGACAGCAAUCAGGUCGAUUGGGGGAAGGCUUCUCUUUCAGAACUGGUGAACAAAUUCAAUUCUGAACUUUUUUCUAGGGAUUCCCUUCCUAAGCACUACGCCAUCCGUGGCCUAAUUGAUUGCCAGGCAAUCUUAUCUCAGAAAGAUAUCAGUUUGGAUGAAGCAGUCAAAAAGGUGGUUGCUGAUGUACGCAAUAGCUCGACCGGAUAUCUUCAAAUGUUUUGGAAGGAUACAAGGUACUACAGGCACCAAUACUAUGACAUUAUAAGGGAUCCCUUAAGACAGCAAUUUGGGCUAGGUUCUUAG